AUAAGUAAUAACCGGCCGUGUUGAUGAUGGUUGUUGUCGUUAAGAUUUAAUUUUUAAUAUCUACGUUUAGUUUGCAUUUUGAGUUUUAAUUGUUUGCUGUCAGUGUAAUGUUAUUUUUAAAUUUUCUAUAGUCCAAUUUAUGUUUAGAAAUAUUUCCAUUAUUUAAUUACCUACAUGACAUGUCAAUUGCUUGAUUUUCAGUUUGUUCUUUAGUUAAGCUUAAGUGUAAAAGCAACUCCAAAAUGAGUACACACGUUAAAGGAACAUGUGUUGAUGUUAUGGAUUUUAAGUGUUCGGCAUUCUGCAAUCUUCGGGUUUUCAAUGAAGGACACCAAUUUGAUAAAUAUGCUGCCAUGAUCAUCAGUUCUAACCGAUUUGGGAUAACAAUUGUUGCUUCUCCCAAUCAGCUUUGUUUGAUUUCAAUGAAACAUGUUCGUCAUCUAGUUGGUGAUUUUGGUGUUGAAAAAAAUACAUUAACAGAUUUUUUAAGACGUGAAAUUGAAUUAGAUUACUCCCCAAACUUUUUGGAUCUUAGCUGUGAUGAAGAGUAUAUAGCAGUUGCAGGAAUUUUGAAUUCAAAAACCUCUAUAACUAUUUACAAUGUUGAAGAUUUAAUUUCAAAAAAUUAUCCAUCUCCGUCAGUAUUUGUUGAACUUGCAGCUACUCAGGACUCACAUGUAAUAGAUAUGUCAUGGAAUCCUGGUGUAAAAAAUUCUUUGGCCUGUUGUUUGUCUGACGGAUCUUUACAUAUUAUAGACUUAAAAGAUGGUGGAACUUAUAGUAUUGUCAGUUUACCACCACAAUCAAGUACACUAUGUUUGAGCUGGAGCCCUAAAGGAAAACAAAUAAUAAUAGGCAGUUCAAAUGGGUCUUUGACACAGUAUAAACCUGAACUCAAAGCUAUGAAGCAGUAUUUACCACCAGCUGAUGUAACGGGAAAUGUAAAACCUAUCAAAAUAAAAUGGAUAUCAAAUUUUCAAUUUGCAGUUGUCUAUGAUUUUGUGGAAAAUUUAGAUAAUCAACUAAAUCUUUACAUUCUCAAUACACCGAAAAAUGCACCAGUGGAAUUUAUCAAUUUUGAACAAUAUGUUGUAAUGAAUUCUGAACAGUAUAGAUUAAAUCAAUAUUAUACAAUAUUUCAACAAAAUUGGAAUCUUUUGUUUGUCGCUUCUUCAAAUUGUACAGAAAUUGGUGUAAUGGGAAUAAAUAAUGAAAAUCAAUGGCAAUGUUGGAUGUUAGAAACAAGACCAGAGUUACCAUAUAGACUUGACAAACAAAUGUAUCCUAUAGGAAUGUCAUUAGAUCUUUCUUCUCAAAUGAAAAUAAAACAAUUAUCUAAAUCAAAUGAAGAAAUAUUUCUUGACCCAAUGCCAGUAUUAUGUGUUUUAUCAAGUGAUGGUUUAUUGUUUAUGUAUCAUAUUGAAAAUCAGUUAACUGAUUACAAAAAUAUAUGUAAAUUACCAACAGAAAUAUCGGAUAAUAUAGUAUCUCAACUAUUUACUACCAAUUCUAAAAUAAAAAAUGAAGUAAUUGAACAAACAAGUGUGACUGAAAUAGUAGAGCAAGAAGAUGAAAUAAAUGCCAUUGAUGAAAAAGCUAGAGGAGAUCAUAACGAAUCAGUGCUUGCAAGCUAUUUAGAAACAUCUACUACCUCUGAAGUUGAACAACCACAAAUAUUAGGUACACCAACAAUUUCAGUAGUUAAACCAAAUAUUCCUGAAGUAUCUACUGAAACUGUUGCACCUGUGCAAAAUAUUUCAAGUCAAACAAAUCUUUCUGAUAAAAAUACAUCAACAGAUGAAAUUGUAAGUCAAGCCAUGUUUAAAGAAGUGUUGGAAGAUGUACAAAUAUUUCAAAUAGAAUUAGAGGAAACCUUGAAAUUAUCAUUAAAUACUAGUAAACUUAAGAUUGGUGAUGAAAAAGAUAAAGAAAUACUUAUGAAAAAAUGGUCAUCAUUAGACUCGUUUUUCAAAGAAUUAAAUGAGACCAAUCGCUCACAGUGGAUGGAAAGUAAAGCUCUUCAAAAAGCAGUGUUAGACUCUAUUGCUUGGGUCGAGGACUCAAAGUCUCGUAUAUUCUUUUUAAAAAAUCCAAAAUUUAAAUGUCUAUUAAGAAAUGAUAGUGAUGAGCCAUUUAGUAAAACACUGUUUGACAAUAUAGAACGCACGUUAUACUACAUUGAAACUCAAUUAACACAUGUUGAUGAUCAAUUGAAAGCUAGAUAUGAUAGUUAUAAUCCAAACAAUAAGGAAUUGAAAAUACCUUGUUUGGAAACUAUUUAUAAAUCAUUGGUCGUAAACACAAAUAUAGUGAAUAAACUAAAGGAAAAGAUAAAUUAUUUGUAUAGUACAGUAGAAGAAAUGAAAUAUAGAACAUUUAAAAAAUUGUCGUUGGCACCUGAUGUUGUGCAAAAUACUUCGAAAUUACAUGAGUCCCGUGAUGUUGGCUUAUCAAAACUUUCAGAACAAUUGUUAAAAAUUACUUUAGACAAAGACGGUGUGUCUGCUAUUAAUUCUUAUAAUGUUGCUAAAAAGUACUCUGUAUUAUCAGCAAAUCAAAGAGCACUAUCAGAUUCUAAAGUUAAUAAACUUCAAGAAUGGUUGAAAGAUUUUAAAACAAGGCGCACAAAAAUAACUAGAGCUCAAUUUGCAAAUAUAGAUCUUAGCAGACCAAUGUGUAGUACUCCAUUAAAAUCUGCAUCAAAACCAAGAGUGCAUGAAAAAAACAUUGAUUUUGUACCUUUUGUGUCUACUAUACCACAACCUUCUACAUUAUUGAACAAAAACUAUAAUACGAGCGAACGUAAUAUUACAAAUAUUAAUUUACAAUCAACAUCACAACUUAAUUCAACACAAUUUCAAAAACCAACCACACAACAAAUGAAUGCAGGAAUCCCAAUAUCUGUAGUUCCUAGUACUCCAGGAUUUACAUUAGGAUCUAAACCUUUGCCAACAAAUACUGUCUGGAACCCAAUGGAUAAUUCAUCAACUCCUAAACCAGUUGCACCAAAUAAAUUUGAUUUUAAAGGUUUCACUAAAGACCCUAUUGUUUUUAGCACCGCUAAAACUGGUCCAUUAUUUGCAAAUAAUGUGACUUCUACUACCAUUUCUAAUAAAGAUCCUGUAGAUUUUAGUUUAAAAACGUCAACAGCUACACCUUUAAAUUUCAGUAAUUCCACUAAUAUUGUUUCCACUAAGUCUACAUUAGAUGUUAUUUCGGGAACAAAAGAAGUAAAAGACAAAAUACCAUCAUUUAAUUUUUCCAAUGUGUCUACAGCAAAAUCAGAAAAAUCUAUACCAAAAUUUAAUGGCACAUCAACCUUUAAUUUUGCUGAUUCUAUUAAAAAUAAAAUGGAUAAUCUGAAUAAUAUGCCAAUAUCUACAUUAAGUUUUGAAGCACCAAAACCUUCAGUAACUUCAAGUAUUUUUUCUGGAUUUAGUACUGAAAAUAAAUCAAAGAAUAGCCAAGAAACGGCUCCAGAAAAAGAUGCAACUGCCUUCAAGUUUAAUUCAAAACCAGAUACAGCAUCAAUUUCAUCAUUCAGUUUUACCACACCCAAAGAUAAUAUUUCAAAAUCUACAGACUCAGAAACUAAAUCUUUUAUUUCUAUUCCAACUACCACAGUGACUGCGUCAUUUAGUUUUUCAUUACCGCCCAAAACAAAUCCUAUAGUAAUUAGUGAGCCUGUAGAUUCUGCCUCAGUAUCUUCCAGCUUUGGAAUUGUUAAAACUGCACCUGAUUUUUCUACUGCAUCAGCAACUGUAGAGAGCACAGUUACUGAAACUACUUCCCAAGUCUCAGAAAGUCCUACUCCAAUAAUAUCUGAACCAGUCACUCCAGAAAAUGAAGAGUCUCCUAAAUUUCCAGUUACUGCCAGCAAUGCACAAAUUUUUGAAAUUCCAUCAACAAGUGUUUCCAUUUUUACUGCACCUAUUAAAUCAACUAGUAAUACAAGCAUUUUUGGAAAUUCAACAACAACAGUAAGUCAAGCAACAAUUUUCAGCAGCCCUACUGUUACAAGUGCUUCUUCAGUUUUCAAUACCCCUACAACUACAAGUUCCCCAACAAUUUUUAGUACACCCACAAAUACAACUUGUGCGCCUUCAAUAUUUAGUACUCCUACAAGUACAACUAUUGCUCCUACUAUUUUUGGUGCUACUACAAACACAACCAAUGCUUCGAUAUUUAGAUCACCAACCAAUACAAGUAUGGCUCCUUCAAUUUUUAGUGCAUCGUCUACUACAACCUCAUCAUCAAUCUUUGGAAACUCAAUUAAAAGCACUUCAUCUAUAUUUGGAACACCAUCUACAACUACUGUGUCUUCUAUGUUUGGAUCAGUUACAACGACAAAUACUACAAGUGGUUUUGGAUCCACAGCUCAGACAACUUUUGGUGCUCCUACUACAACAAGUUCUUCAAUAUUUGGUAAUCCAGCUGCUCCUGCUACCACAAGUUCUUCGAUAUUUGGUAGUCCAGCUGCUCCUGCUACAACAGGUUCUUCAAUAUUUGGUAGUCCAGCUGCUCCUGCUACAACAGGUUCUUCAAUAUUUGGUAGUCCAGUUACUCCAGCUACAACAAGUUCUUCAAUAUUUGGUAGUCCAGCUGCUCCUGCUACAACAAAUACUUCAAUAUUUGGUAAUCCAGCUGCUCCUACAUCAUCUGGUUCAAUAUUUGGUUCAGCAUCCACAAACACUUCAUCUGUUUUUGGAGCACCAGUUACAACUAGUACAACAUCUUCUAUUUUUGGAUCUCCUUCAACAACAGCUGCAUCUAGUGGAUUAUUUGGAUCAGUAGCUGCUGCAGCUAACCAAUCAUCAUUUGGUCAGCCUACAUUAGGAUUUAGUUCUCCUGGAUCAGCAUUUGGCAAUAUGUCUCUUUUUGGCCAAUCAGCAUGUAGUCCAUCACAACCAGCAAAUAGCUUUGCCCCUGCUGCUAAUCCUUUUGCUGUUAACAAAACUCCAUCAAGUACACCAUCAUUGUUUUCUAACCAAAAAUCUGUAUUUGGUCAACCACCAGCAAGUACACCUAAUUCAGGCUUUGGAGUACCUAAUUCAGGAUUUGGUGCUACUACCAAUACUGGAUUUGGUAGUCCUGCUAUGGUUGGUCAAUCAAAUAAUUUAGGUUUUGGAUCUCCCCCAAUGUUUGGUAGUAUGGGAAGUACCACUUCUGGUUUUAAUCAAACACCUGUUUUUGGAGGAGCAGCCACUUUUGGAUCAACGGCUCCAACAUUUGGACAAAAUGCUGGAAAUUUUGGAUUUGGUUCUGCUGCUCAACAACCAUCAACUGCAUUUGCUUCUCUUGCGAAUCAAAACACAUCACCGAGUUUUGGUAAUAUAGCUCAAAACCAAAACACGGGUUUUGCUUCUCCAACCACUCCUGGAUUUGGUCAACCACAACAAACAAGUCCAUUUAAACCUCAAGGAGCUACAUUUGGGGGAACUUCAUUUAGUUCUUGGCGCUAAGAAUAAAAAUCUAACACCAACAAUAUCCGAUAUCUUAACUAUUCAUUUAUUUAUAUAUUCUAAAAAUGUGUAUGUUACAAUUAAUAAUAUUCAAAAUUGUAAUUAUUGUGUACACAAUUGUUGAAAAUAAAAUUUCAUGUUUUUUUA